AUUCUGCCAAGUCGCCAUGAGUAGAUUCGAUCAGAAUCCGUUCGAUGAGGAGACGGAGAGGAAUCCCUAUUCUCAAUCGGGUCCUCGAGGCAGUGCCUCGUUCUUCGAUAGCCGACAACCCGGCAGCGCCAUGACCGGCAUGAGCAGCAACAGGCCCUCUCCGCUGCCCGCCGGCAGCGGAUCCACCUUCGACGUAACUUCUGAUGUUCAGUUCAGCCCGCGGGCGCUGAGGAAGAAACAGAAGGAGCUGCAAAGCUGGGAAGCUGCACUGAGGCAAAAGGAAGAGGAGCUGGCAAAGAGAGAAGAUUCGCUUGGCAUCAUGACCAAGAAUUUCCCGCCAUUUUUCCCCUUGAUCCGGAACAACAUUCGAGAGGAUGUGCCCGAGUAUCUGCAAGGCUUGAUGUUCCUCGGCUUCUGGGUGUGGAUGGGGACAAUGGCGGCCCUGCUCUACAACCUCGUUCCCAUCACAGCGACAUGGGUUGCUGGUGCUUACGAAGGCUCAGCAGGAUUUGUGAACUUUUUCAUGGCGCUGCUGUAUUUCAUUAUCGGAGUGCCGGGCUCCUACUUCUUAUGGUACUCUCGCCUGUACUAUGGAAUGCGCAAGGACAGUGGCGUUGGCAUGGCCUUCUUCUUCUGUGGCUUCACGACCCAUCUGCUCUUCUUCAUUUUUGCCUCCAUAUCGCCUCUAAUUUGGAUCGGCCAGUUUCGAGGAACCUCUUUUGCGGGCGUGGUCACAACUAUUGAUGUCUUUACACAUGGGUGGGGCAUCAUUGGGAUUUUCUAUGCCAUUGGUGCAGCUCUCUUUGUUGCUGAAACUACUGUCAGCUUCGUCCUCGUCACUCGAGUUCUUGCUUACUUCCGUGGGACUGGCACUGCAGUCAGAAUGAAGGAAGAAGCUGCUCGAUCUGCAGCAUUGAACUCAUCUGUUGUGUGAAGUAACCAAUCGAGUUUACGCCUACUUCCGCGGGACUGGUGCCAUAGUGCGAAUGAAGCAAGAAGCUGCUCGAUCGGCAGCAUCAAGCUCAUCUGCUGUCUGAAGUAACCAAGAUUGUCACCAUUUACCAGUACCUAGUUGGCAGUUCUUAUAUCUCCAUGGGUAUACAAUACAUGUAGGUUUAGCAGGCUACUUGGAGAAAAGGUAUAUGGUGAUCUCCAUUCGCCAGCAAUUACACCAAUCGCAGUCCGCCUCGCCGCCCCUUGGAACGAAGCUUCUGGUUCACUAAUAGCUCUGUCGCGCAUGUGCCACUCUCCGGGGACAGGGCCCUAGAUAGCAGACGAAAUCCGUCUGAUGGUCUGAAAAUCAGACUCGAUGUUUUAGGUUCAUCUGAUUUUUAAGACCACCUGUUUUAUUUCGUCUGAACAAUAAGACGGA